AUGUGCUGUUUGUUUAGCUUGAUUCAAGUCACUGAGCAGGACGACAAGGAGUCUCUUGAUGGGAAGAAGUUGCCACAAACGAGUUACGUUCGCCUGCGUGGUCUGCCCUAUUCCGCGAAAGAAAGCGACAUUCGUAAUUUCUUCGAGGGUAUCGAGGUCACUACAAUUACAAUGAGCAGCAGUCACAAUGGCCGGCCCAGUGGAGAGUGCUAUUGCGAGUUGCCUUCGAAGAAAGAUGCUCUCAAGGCUUUGGAUCUUCACAGGAAGGAAAUGGAAGGCAGAUAUAUUGAAGUGUUCACCGUGUCCAACGAUGAACUUACCAAUCUGAAGCGCGUUGGGAUUGUCUCGGAUGAUGGGACAGUAAUCCGCUUGCGCGGGCUGCCAUUUUCCGCUUCCACACAGGACGUGAAGGACUUUUUCAAAGGGCUAACCUGUGAAGAGGUGGUAUUCGGGCGUACGGGAGGGCGGCCUAGCGGGGAAGCUUUCGUGCGACUUGCCUCCAGGGAAGAAGCCGUCAAAGCUCUCGAUUUCAACAAGCAACAUAUGGGAAGCAGGUAUGUUGAAGUGUUCCGCACCACAGUGGACGACAUGGAGCGUAACCGCCCUCGCAGUUACGAGAGCGGCUACAUCCGACCUCUGUUUGACUCCAAGGGAUACGACUAUAUGGCACGCUCGCCUCGCAGUAUGAGAGGCAUGCGUUCGGCCCCAUAUGAUAUCCCAAGAGGUGGUUACGGAAGAUACGAUGAUUAUGACGACUUUGUUCCGCCAACAAAGAUUUUCAUGCGCGGGCUUCCAUUCGAUGCUGAUGCGUUCAUGAUUGAGCAGUUUUUCGCACCUCUUCGAUGCAUUGAAAUCAGCUUGGGAUUCAAUGAGGAUCGUCGUCCGUCUGGGGAUGCUGUGGUAGAGUUUGGCACAACUGCUGAAGCGCAUGAAGCUUUCUCAAGAAACAAAGCAAUGAUGGGGAAAAGGUACGUGGAACUGUUCGGAUCAAACGAUAUGCCACAUACAAUGAGAAGGUUGACAUGGCGCGUAGUUGGUGGACAACCUGCUCCUAGGCCUUUGGCUCUAGUUCCACCCAGAGAUCUUGGCGGAUACGGCGAUCUUGGCGGAUACGGUGGUGGCUACGGCGGGAUGCGCGGAGGAGGUGGAUAUAGCCGCGGAUACGAACCAGCAGGUCCUGGCCCAUUCCGUGGGUACGGAGGUGGCGGUUAUGGUGGCGGCGGAGCCAGGUCGCGGGACAGACGCAGUGGUGUUUGGUAA